AAAACCUUUUUCGUGUGAGAUUUGUCAUAGAACGUUUUCACAGCAAAGUAAUUUGAAUACACAUCAUAAAAAGAUUCACACUGGGAAAAAACGUUUUUCAUGUGAAAUUACUACAGAAGAAAAUGAUGCAAUGGAACAUAACUUAAAUACAACUGAAAUUGAUAAAGAUUUUGCUUCAAGAUUUCAAGAAAAUAAACCAUUUUCAUGUGAGUUUUGUAAUAAAACCUUCAGUCGACGAGGUAACUUAAUUGAACAUCAACGAACUCAUACUGUCGAUAAACCAUUUUCUUGUAAAAUUUGUGAUAAAAAAUUUCGCUGGCGGCAUAGUUUAAUUAGUCAUAAUCGAAUUCACACGGGAGAAAAACCUUUCUCGUGUGAGAUUUGUGAUAAAACAUUUACCCAACAGAGUAGUUUGAAUACACAUAAAGAAAUCCAUUCUAGGGAAAAUAGUUUUUCAUGUGAAAUUUGUAAUAAAAACUUUAAUCACAGAACGUCUUUAGUUCGUCAUAAACGAACUCAUUCAGUUAACCAGCAAUCUGGUUUAAAUUUAACCCAUGAAGUGUUCGAGGAGGAAAGUGAUUUGAUUAAAGAAGAAUUUGAUGAUGGAAAACUUGAAGAAGAAAACGCGAGAAAUGAAAUUCUUCCAGAAAAAAAUAUUCAGAUCAAAGAAGAAGUAAAUAACGAGCAAGUUGUGGUUAAAGAGGAAACCUUAGAAGAAAAUGACUCAAUGGUCCAGCUGAAAGAUACAACCGAACAAUUAGAAGAUUCUACUUCAAAAUCUCAGCAAAACAAACCAUAUUCUUGUGAUUUUUGUGAUAAAAGAUUUAAAAAUCAAAGAAAUUUAAUUGGGCAUCAACGAAUUCAUACCGGGGAAAAACCGUUUUCUUGUGAAAUUUGUGGUAAAAACUUUACACAACAAAGUGGAUUAUAUCUACAUAAAAGAUCACACACGGGAGAAAAACCAUUUUCAUAUGAAAAACCGUAUUCAUGUGAUUUUUGUAAUAAAGCAUUCAAUCGACAAAGUAUUUUAAUUGUACACAAACGAACUCACACGAGAGAAACAUCAUUUUCUUGCGAAGUUUGUGGAAAAAAAUUUAGUCAUAAAAGUAGUUUAAGUAAACAUAAAACAAUUCACCUCCAAGACGAUCGUAUCAAUGAAGUAUUUGACGAAGAAAAUGAUUUAGUUAAAAAAGAUGCUGAAAAACUAUUUUCACUUGAAUUGGAUGAUAAAAAACCUGAAAAAAAUAAUAAAUUGAAUGAAGAAUUCACCAAAAAUGAAGUCAUUGAAGAAGAAAAUGUUCAGAUUAAAGAAGAAAUAAAUUUGGAACAACGAUCAAAACUAUCAGAAGAAAGUGACAUAAUGGAAGAUGGGCUAAUUACAGCUAAUCAUGGAAUAGGAGUUAAACUUGAAAAAGGAGAAAUAUUGGACGAAAAUGUGUUGAUUAAACAAGAGAUCGAUUUAGGAGAAAUAUUUAUUAAAGAAGAAAUAUCAGAAGAAAGUUUUAAGUCGGAACAUGAACUAAUUACAGCUGAAUAUGAAACCGAUGAAUUAGAAAUCAAAAGCUCUUUAAACGCUCAACAAAACAAACCACAUUCCUGUGAUUUUUGUGACAAAACAUUUAAAUAUCGAAGUGAUUUAGCUAGACAUCAACGAACUCAUAAUGAAGAAAGACCUUUCUCAUGUGCGGGUUGUUAUAAAAAAUUUACACAACAGAGCAGUUUAAAAAGACAUCAAAUAAUUCACAGUGGAGAAAAACCAUUUUCAUGUGAUAUUUGUGGUAAAAAAUUUACUCAACUUUGCUCGUUAAAAACACAUCAAGCAAUUCAUGCUGGAAAAAAAUCAUUUUCAUGUGAAUUUUGUGGCAAAAAAUUUAGUUCGCGAAGUAGUUUAGUGAAACAUAAUCGAAUUCACACGGGAGAAAGACCUUAUUCGUGUAAGAUUUGUAAUAAAAGUUUUACGCAACUAAAUAGUUUGAAGAGACAUAAAUUAAUUCACAUUAAAGAAAAACGCUUGGAAAAAUUUAAAGAAGAAAAUAUACAAAUUAAAGAAGAAGUAAAUUUGGAGCAAGUUGUAAUUAAAGAGGAAGCAUUCGAAGUAAAUGACUCCGAAUUAGAGGUGAAAACUGCUAUAAAACAUCAAAAAAAUAGAGAAGAAUAUUCGUGUGAAAUUUGUGAUACAAAAUUUAGUUUGCAAAGUAUUUUAGAUAAACAUAAAAUAAUUCAUACCCAAGACAAUCGUACCGAUGAAGUUUUUGAAGAAGAAAACGUUUUGGUUAAAGAAGAACUAAUUGAAAUCGAUGAAAAACCAUUUUUACUUGAUAUGAGUGAUGAAAAAUUUGGGAAAAAUAAUAAAUUUGAUGAAGAAUUUACGAAAAGUGGACUAAUUGAAGAAGGAAAUGUACAAGAAAGAGUAAAUUUGGAGCAAGUAUUAAUUAAAGAGGAAAUAAUAGAAGACCAUGACACAAUGGAACUGAAACUGAAAGAUCGAACAACAGAACAAUUAGAAGUUAGAACUGUUUCAAAAGGUCAAAUAAAUAAAAAAUAUUCGUGCGAUUUUUGUGAAAAAAAAUUUAAGAGUCCAAGUGAUUUAAUUGUGCAUCAACGAAUUCACACCGGGGAAAAACCAUUUUCAUGUGAAGUUUGUGAUAAAAAAUUUACUCAACGAAGUGUGUUAAAAUCACAUAAAUUUACUCAUACGGGAGAAAAACCAUUUCCAUGUGACAUUUGUGAGAAAAAAUUUACUCAACUUAGCACGUUAAAAACACAUAAAGCUACUCACACGGGAGAAAAAACAUUUUCAUGUCAAGUUUGUGACAAAAAAUUUAGUCUACAAAGUGUUUUAAUUGUCCACAAACGAACUCAUACGGGAGAGAAACCAUUUUCGUGUGAAGUUUGUGGGAAGAAAUUUACUCAACUUAGCACUUUAAAGGCUCAUCAAGUAACUCAUACCGGAAAAAACAAAUUUUCAUGUGAUUUUUGUGACAAAACAUUUAAAUGUCGAAGUGAUCUAGCUGGACAUCAACGAAUCCAUACUGGUGAAAGACCUUUCUCAUGUACAGAUUGUGAUAAAACAUUUACGCUAGCGAGUAGUUUAAAAAGACAUCAAAUAAAUCAUAGCGGAGAAAAACCAUUUUCAUGUGAAGCUUGUGAUAAAAAAUUUACUCAACAAAGCGCGUUAAAAACACAUAAAUUUACUCAUACUGGAGAAAAACCAUUUUCCUGUGAAGUUUGUGAUAGAAAAUGUCAAAAUCGAAGAGAUUUAGUCGUGCAUCAACGAAUCCAUACCGGAGAAAAACCUUUCUCAUGUGAUAUUUGUGGUAAAAAAUUUACUGUGGCAAAUAGUUUGAAAAGGCAUCAAGUAGCUCACACCGGAAAAACGGUCAUUUUCAUGUGAAAUUUGUAAGAAAUCAUUUAAUCAUAAAAAUUCUUUAGUUCGUCAUAAACUAACUCAUUCUUUUAGCCAACAAAGUAGUCACGUCGAUAAAGAUUUUAUCGAUGAAGUAUUUGAAGAAAAAAUCGAUUUGGU